AGGCAUUCCUUGAGCAGUAAAUUGUGUGUAGGUAAAUUCCCCUCCAGGAAAUUCAGACCUCACUACAUUGGAAGACGCGCAAAUUUAUCAGCAGUGGGAGGGGAAGUGAAAAACUGUGUACUGAUAAAUACGCUGAUUCGGCUGGUGGAUCACAUAAACAGUUUACUCUUACAGCAUAUCUUCUGCUCCAGAGGGUCAAGAGAAAAAACCUUCACAAAGUUAUACUCUGGACAUUAACUGCAACUUUUAAGAUCAGCAAUCACUUGAGAUUGAGGUAAUACUGUCAUGGCUGACAAGCUGGCUUCCACAGAGGAGAACUUGGAGCGGAUCCUGGCAGUGGAAAGCUUCUUUGGUUCGUCUGGGAAGCCCCUGAAGAAACCAGGCCGGGUCCUGGUGGGCGAGGGGUGUUUGAUGAAGCUCUGCCGGCGUAGCCCCCAGCCCCGGAUCUUCUUCCUGUUCAAUGACAUCCUAGUGUAUGGCAGCAUUAUCGUUAAACACCGCUGGUACGCCAGCCAGCAGGUCAUCCAGCUGGAGGACAUGAAGGUGGAGGAUCUUGAGGACUCCCCAGACAUGAAGAACCAGUGGCUCAUCCGCACACCCCGCAAGUCCUUCUAUGUGUCGGCCGCCUCGCCCGAAGAGAAGCAUGCCUGGAUCACGCACAUUGAGGAGUGUCGGGCCAAGAGGUUGAACGAAACGGGCCAGGCUCCUGGGGAGACCUUCGCCCCCGCCUGGGUCCCUGACAGCGCCACAGACGUCUGCAUGCACUGCUGCAGCAAGUUCACAGUCACACAGCGCCGCCACCACUGCAGGCAGUGUGGCUACGUGGUCUGUGACUCCUGCUCCAACUAUAGCUUCCUCAUCCCCAACAUCUCUUGCAAGCCCGUGCGCGUCUGUCUGGUCUGCCACCCGAUCCUGCAGGCCAGCGAUUUCACCCACAAGCGCGAAGACCUUGACGAGAACAGCUGGUCGGACGAGAGUUCCAGCGAUGAAGACAGGCCUGAUCUCGACAAGGACCCCUUGCCCCAGCAGUGGGUGGGAGAGGAGAACCACGUUUUACCAGGCUGGUCGUCCUACAGUGAUAAAUAACCCUGCCAAAAAACAUACUUUGAAUGUGAAUAAAGAUAAAGAAGGGCAAUGACACUUCACCACUACCUGCCAUUGACUACGUUAAGGCUACAUUUUUCAAAAUAAUUUGCCUUGAACUGAAGCUUGGCAUGAUCUACAAAUGAAAAGACAUUCUGACCUUUUAAAAAUGAAACACUAGGACAAGAUGUACUCUACUAUUUAAAUGUUUUUUACAAUGGGAAUUUUGUCAUUCCAUCUCAUUAUAAAAACCUAUAGAAUGUGAGAUGACUUAUUUCUUUAAUUCCAUUUAAUGUCACCUUGUAUAACGUUUACCUACAGAUUAUAUUGUAGCAAUGCAUUUGAGUUGAUAUUGACCAAUGUUCGAAGCUUUCAGCUAUUAUUCUUUUUUUGUAUUGCACAUUGUGUUUGUAUCAAAGUAGCAUUAGACUGCCAUGGCGAAGGCACUUCGUUAUAUUUUAUUGUAUAUAAUUUUGAUUUGAUAUUCAUACUGACAUUGGCCUUCAUACUAUGUACUUGAAGAUGGUUAUUCAGUCAUGAAUGAACACCAUAAAUGAAUAAAUGAUUCUUAACUGAAA